AUGGAUCGAAGCCAAGGUGACCUGUUCCUCCAGAGCAACAUUCUGAAAUUCAAAAUAUUGGGAGGCCUGGUACAACCAACCGGUGGGAUCUCCGCUGCCGAAUCGAGGGAACUGAAGCUUGUGGUAUUGUUUGGCCGCAUCACCCGAGAGGAUGAGCUUGCGACUGGAACCGGGCGCACCGUUGUUCCUUUGCCUUCAGACAACGGUUUGGUGCAAUUAUGGUGUCCGAUCAACACGCCCCUACACUCUCUGACGGUUUGUUCUUUAUCGGAUGAUGCCAACGGUUUCAACAACUUCAAAAACGUUCAUAUAACACCGAUACAAAUUAAAAAACCUCCCAAUGCUUUUGACAACAUUGUCGAUAAACUCAACGUCCGCAAAAAAAUCCCUGAUUAUCGGUGCAUGGAAUGGAUGGAAGAUAAUCGAAUUUCAGUGGGAAUCGGGCGGGCAGUACAUAUCUUCAACACCGAACAAGAGAUAUUUUUUUUAUCCUUUUGA